AAAUGUGUAUUUAGAUGAGUGAAUUUGUGGUGUUUGCAGAAGACUUGAGUGUGAACCGACGCUUGACGUCGGGUCGGAGACACGACUCGGGGGCACCAGCAGACACCGCCAUGAUGCGUCACCACUCGUCACCCCCUGCACUCGGCCUCUCCUCACCUCCCUCCCGCAACUUCCACGACGCCAUCCGCUCAGAGCCAAACAACCACGGUGUCAUGUAUGCGAUGCAGCCAUUCCGGUCUCCGCAGCGACCAAUGCCCAUGUCUGUGAACCAACCGUUGCCCAUGUACCACCAUCACCCCUCCAACACCAUGGGCAAUUCGGCCCCAUCCUUCGACUCUCACCCCACCAUGCGCAGAGAAAUUCUCAUGAUGAUGAAUAAUGGCAAUAGCAGUAAUGGAGCUAUGCGAGACACGCACAUGCCGCACGAUCGAGGCGACCGGCCGUUCCUGGUGUGCGAUGACGGGGGGGCGGCUCCGCCCCUCAACCCGCCCAAGCGGUUCUGCCCGGGAGGCGUUGGUGGCGGCGGCGGUAGCGGUGGCGGAAGCAGCAGUGCCGCCUUCGGCCCCCGACAGUCGAACGGUGGCUUUUCGAUGGGGCCGCGUGACCGCAUGUGUGACCCUCUGCCCGGCCCAUCGGCGGCGCCGGAUGACUUGAGCAUGAAUGGUGGCUUCUCCUCCUGGCCCAGGGACCAUGACCGGCGGCUUCCUCCACUCCCCAUACAGAACGACACCGUCAUUCUUAAUACCUUCAACAUGCACAAUAACAAUGGUCGCAGUGUCAUAACGAAUUUGGAUUCGUCGAGAGAUGAUUCUCAAGAUGGCAGCGAUGUGGUGCUCAACAGUGACGAGGGGCCCUUGGGGAAUGUCAGUCCACCACCCUUCCCCCAAAACAGGCCAAAUUAUUUCUACGAAUCUGGUGUGAAUUGGUUGAACCCUGGACGCGCCGUUAGCCGAGGUCCCCCCUCCUCAUCCUCCAGUCGAAUGGCGUCGCAUGGCAGCCGAAUUCAGUCGGGUCGAUCCUCCAUGAUAUUGAGGGCCGUCGACGAGUUGCAAGACGCGCGAAAUAUGUCAAACAACCGUCGAUUGAUGGGAUAUCUUGAUGACGAAGUACUGGACGAAGAUUUAGUUGGUCCUCCAAGUAGACCAGUCAGCGAUUCAGAAGAUGAGCGGGUGCGCGAAGCUGUUAAUAAUCUGGAACUGCUGCGAGAGGGGCUAGUGGGCAAUAGCCAAGACAUCGCUGAUGGGCCGGCGUCACCCGACCCGGAACCACAGCAGGGGCAGGGGCAGCCCAACUCCGACCAAGAGGAGGAGGACGAGGGGGAGGAAGAGGAUGAGGAGGAGGAAGGCGAGGAUGAUGAGGAGGAGGAUGAUGGUGAGGAGGGAGACGAGCAGGAGGAGGGGGCGGAGGCGGCUGCCAAUGUUGAGGAGGAUGAAGAGGAAGUCGUGUUAGUUUCCGUCAAUAGGCUGCCUGCCCAACAACCAGCCCAACAACCAGCCCAAGUAGUUGCAGGUAAUGGUGGUAAUGCAGUUGAACAAAAUGAUGACGACUCUGAUGCGAAUUCGGGCACAUCGGAAAUUGUGGAAGAGCUGAGCAACGACGAGCACUACGAUGCAGCAGCCAACACCCCCACCAACCGCGGUCAGGUCGCACAGGAAAUGGCCAAUGCUACCAACAUACUCAAGGCUGCUGGACUCGACGCUGAGGACGGUCAAGACUUUAACGCCAAACUGUUGUCAUUGCUGGAGUGCCCAGUGUGCCUGGAAACGAUAGUGCCGCCCAUCCACCAGUGCAGGAAGGGUCACCCUGUCUGCGGCAUGUGCCGCCCCCGGCUCAAUGUGUGUCCCACCUGCCGAACACGCUUUACCGAUACGCGCAAUCUCCUCAUGGAAAAGGUAGCAGACAUGAUGCAGUUUCCGUGCAAGAACUAUGUGGUGGGGUGCGCGGUGAGCACGGCGCUGAAGGACAAGGUGUCGCACGAGAUGGGCUGCGGCUACCGACAGUACAGCUGCAUUGACCGCGACUGCCAGUGGCGCGGAUUCAAGCAGGAGCUGCUCGUGCAUUGCAACAAGCAGCACGCCACACACGUCAUCAUGUCGCAGAGAGCUUCUUAUCAUUCGCUGAUUAUACCAUUCGAACUUCAUCGUCAGUCCUCGUGGGUGAUCUCAGCUUUGGAUGAAGUGUUUAUUGUCACCUUCAAAGUCUAUCCGCAUAACAUUGUUAGAGGAUGCACCGUAUUCCUCGGUCCUCCGGAAAACGCAUCGAAAUACUACUACUAUUUCAAGUUUGGCAACAAAAGGGUGAACAAAAGCUUCAAGUACAGGGAGAUGACCAGUCCACACAAGACCAGCAUACACUGUCAAGAGUUUUUCCAGGACACCUGCUUUUCCUACCAAUUCGAGCCCAUUUUCAUAAAGCUUUACAACGGGAGAAACGCUGUCGAAUGUAAGGUUGCUGUCACUAAACCCAUUCGAUCUGCGAGAUAAAUACUUGAGUUAUCUACAAUUGUUAAACUACCGCACAUUUAUGAUUGAAACAUCAAUCAUACAUGAUGAGUUUGAAAAAUCCACAUAUCUGGUGCUGAACCCUUCCAGAGGGUAAUCUUUUUACAAACUUUUCAAUUGCAUUCUAUUCCGUAUGUUAAUACUUUAGAAUAACUGUAUUUUGACUUCCAAUUUGUUGAUUAGAAUCAUCUCUCUUCAUUUGAUUUUUAAUUAUGUAAUGUCACUUGAAGAUUAUCUCUGCUCGAGUUAUUAGAUUUUUUGAAGAUAUCAAAUUUCGCUCUCUAGGAAGAAAUCAUUCAUCUUCAAGUGUUAUCCUCAAUGUGAAAGUUACUAGGUAUUUGUUCGAUAAUCAUUAUUAUUGUUCUUAUAAAAUAAAUAGCUAAAAAUUUUGGUAUCGAAAGUACUUUUUUAGUUACUUACGUUAUUUAUUUUUCCUGUUCAAAGUUAUUAUUUUGAACAGCUAUUAUUAUUUAGUUAGUUUUUUAUUUAUUUAAUCGUAGAAGCUGUUAAUUUUCUCUACGAAAACUUCCAAAUAUCUUUUGAGUGAUCAUCUAAUUAUUUAUGCAUUCCUGAGAGAGCUGAAAUUAAUCAUACCCCACAAUACUAUGUGUAACCUUUGUUUCUAACAUGGAAAACUGUAUUAUUUACAAAAAUUACAGAAAUUAUGCAUUGUUACCAGAUCACAAUGAAUGCUAGAAUUUAACUCGAUUAGUUCAGCAUAAGAAACUUCUGCUUCUUUAGCUGUUCUAUUCGUUAAUUCAAGUAUAUUGGUCUAAUAAAAAAAUUAGGUGCUAACCAAGGCAUUGAAAGUAUUCUUAUUUUAUAGUAUAUGAUUCACUUUUAAAUGUAUAUAUAGUUAAUUUCGCAUUAUUUACUGCCAGUGAGUUCAAAAUAAUUAAGUCUAGUCGGCAAAUAAGUGGGAUGCGAAAAUAGAAUGAUGCUUCUAUCUUCACCUACAUUCAGAGAGUAUAGAAUGUACAGAAUGCAUGCAUAGAGUAUAUUCUUUACUUUCUGCUUAUAUUGUGAUGAUACAUCAAUAUUCUUUCGAUUCUUCCUAAUUCUUUUUAGUUACAUAAAUUUUUCAACUACUAUUUGUGGCCUAAUGGAUCCUGAACAAACUCGAAAGUUAAUUUAAUUGUCAAAAAAAUAGUCAAAAUGUAAAAAUCAUAAGCAAAUUAAAGUAAUGUGUCUUAUAUUACAUAACAUCGUCUUUUCACUUUUUUAAUAUGAUUCUCAGUUUUUCCACUCAAAAUGUUAUUAGUGUCUGCAAAAAAUGUCAGUACAAACUGACAUGAAAUGAAGUUACAACGAAAGUUAUAGAUUUCAUGUUCUGUUGUUCAUCAUCUGAUUAACAAUAUUUUUUAUCUACAUACUCAAAAGUUAUUGUUUCAAUGUACAUUACUUUAUUUUGUGUAUGAAAUUAUGUAUUUUAUAAAAAAAGAAAAUGUUUUUUAUUUUACAUAAAUUAAUUCAAUGUAAAUAAAUACAAAGCGAGAUCGCUUUUUAUUUUCAUUUGUUGACACAAUGAUGUAUCACUUUUUACUCUUUCUUUUACUCAAUUCACGCUCAUUCUCAUUAAUUUUUAUUCGGUAACACAUCUUUCAUCUUUUCUCCAGUAGUAAACAUAAAUUAUUUAUUCAUUUCUGUUCAAGUCCACUUUAGUUGAUAUGAUUACAAAUACGUUUAGGAUUCCAGAAUCUAUCAUAAUUCAAUUGAGCUUGAACAUUGUUUCUGCUUAUUCGCUGUUUUCUCAAUUACCAUACCGAUUAUAAAUUUUGUAAAUAGUAUUUCUGAAAUUAAUGUUUCGAUGUAUGUGUUGUAAAUUUUAAAGUAGAGGUUGUUGGGAAAACGGCCAUCAACCCUAAUUGUUGGUUGUAAAUUUACUAGAUUGUUGUAUUUUAUCAGAACCUCUACCAGAAAAUGUUCUCCCUUUAGUGUUUGAGAAAUUUUACCUAAUGGAUGUAUUAAAUUUUUGUAUUAGGAAAUUGUAUUGAUCUGAAAAUUUCUGUUUCCCUAAUAUUGUUUUAUUUUGGCAAUCCGUCAUUCAGUGAAAAUGUUGUACUGUACCUCUAUGAUUUACAAUGUGCUGAAAUUGGUUUAUUGUAAUGGAAUCCCUGCAGAACAAAACUUCGAAAAAGCUAUGGAUCUUCUAUAACAAUUAUUAUUAUAUGCUAACAUGGCUCUAUAUGUUCAAUUUUCUAUGUGAAAGUAGAUGUAAUGUAUCCUGUUGUGAAUUGAUACAUGUUUGUGUACUCUUUCUAAAAAAGAGUAUUUCAUUAUAAUUCACUUCUAACUCUCUACAAUGUUGUAAAUUAGCUUGUUGUUGUUGUUGCUCAAACUAAAUUUAUAAUCAGUGUUGUAACUAUUAAGUGAUUGGCUAGUCUGCAUUGCAGAUUUACAUGGUCAUCUCAUAUAUUAAGGUCAUAAAAUACAAUAAUAAUUCUGACUUUAUUUUCAUGUUCUGCUACGUUUUUUAUUGUAAAAUAUUGCCAAUCGAAAAAUCUUGAUGCAGAAAAAAUAGCUGGAAAGUCAACAUGACUUUCGUACGUACAAGAUUUUCUAUUUUUAGCAGUCUUUAAAAAACAUCUUAAGAUGUUUAAAAUAUUUAAUUGAUGUUUUGGCCGGGAAGAGCAUUACCAUAAUCAAUUAAUAAUCGCUUAUUAAUUUUAUGUACCAUGUUGAUUCAAUAAUCUCUUUCCACGAUAUAAGAAGUUCAAUUCACUUCCGAUUUUGAAUUACUUAGGUACUCGAUUAGGGCCUGUAUCAAUAUCAUUAUAAACCAACUUUAGUAGACACACUAACUUCUGUCUACUAACUUUGAUUAUAAACAACCAGAUUUCUUUUGCAAUUUUCAUUUGAAUUAUCAUUCUAGACUUCUUAGUUAUCUAGAUUACCUAGCUACUUUAAUAAUGAUCAUAUAUAUCAGUUAUCUACCGUGUAAGAAUCAAAUGCUCUUUAAUUUUAAGAAUCUAUUGAGAAGGUUAUUCUAGUUUUAAGAGUUGUAUCAUUAAAAGUUGUAUGAUCCAGGCGACUGAUCAAUUAAUUUGGAUCAUAUUGAGUAUUUGAAUAUUGGAGCAUCAAUUGUAGCAAAUCCUUCCACUGAAACUUUUUUUCAAGUUAAAGCAUUAUUUGUUCAACAAAUAUUUCGACUUUUUCAUACGCCGUCUUCCGUAAUUUCUUCAAUAACAUAACUACAUAGUUUUUCAUGGUUUUUUAUAAAUAUUGGAUGAACAGCUAAUCCUAUUUUCAAUGUAUCAUUGUUCUCAUUAAAAUUAUUUAUUUUAUAAUUUUAGUUUGUACAAUUUUCUCUGUUAUGUUAUAUCAAAUUAUAAUGUAUUCAUUACUUCCAACCUUAUUUGACUAUUUUAUUAUUUUUGCGCCAAUGGAAAUAACGAAGUUGCUUUUUUAUUUAAUUUUGAAACUUUAUUCAGUAUCUGAGCAAUACGUGUAAUUCACUUCAUUUAUAAUAAUAAUAUAAUACUUUGAA